CUGGGAACCAAUGCGUUUGUCCCACAGAGCCCCCAAGGAGAUGAAGAAGACAGCAGGUCUGGAAGAUAUUUCAGUGAGGGUGAAGAUCCACAGCACCUGAGAACUCCCCACCUCCCACCGUUACUGCCUGUGUCCCCUGGCUGCUCCCAGGACGGGCUGUCUCCAUGCCACCUGUUGACAGUGAGGGUCAUCCGGAUGAAAAAUGUCCGGCGGGCUGAUUUGGUGAGCCAGACAGACUGCUUUGUAAGCCUCUGGCUGCCUACCGCCUCUCAGGAAAAGCUGAGGACGAGGACCAUAUCCAACUGCCCAAACCCAGAGUGGAAUGAAACCUUCAACUUCCAGAUCCAGACCCAAGUGAAGAAUGUGCUAGAGCUGAGCGUCUGUGAUGAAGAUACAGUGACACCAGAUGACCAUCUCUUGACAGUUCUCUAUGACCUUGCCAAGCUCUGCUUCCGCAAGAAAACCCAUGUGAAGUUCCCACUCAACCCGGAGGGCAUGGAAGAGCUGGAGGUGGAGUUCCUGCUGGCAGAGAGCCUUUCUCCACCUGAGACCCUCAUCACCAAUGGCGUGCUAGUGUGUCGGCAAGUCUCCUGCCUGGAGGUUCAUGCAGAAUCUAGGAGGAGGAGGAAGAGUAAGAAAAGUGAGUGCCUCCUGGUGAAGGUGACGGAAUCCUUCGAGAACACCCAGCGCAUUUCGUCCUGCCAGGAGCCUAACUGCCCAAACCCUGCCUGCUUUCACUACCCCAAGUAUUUCCAGCCCCAGUUGCACGUGGAGGUGCCCAAGAGUCACUGGAAUUGUGGGCUUUGCUGCUGCUGCACACACAAGAAUGGUCCUGUCUGCCAGCCCCUUGAUUGCUUUUCCGAUGGCCAGGCGGUGACCCUGCCUUUGGGCGAGAACUGUGAAUUACACAUGAAGUCCACACCUUGCCCUGACACACUGGAUGUGCGGCUGGGCUUCAGCCUGUGCCAGGAAGAGUUGGAGUUUCUGCAAAAGCGGAAGGUGGUUGUGGCCAAGGCACUGAAGCAGGUGCUGCAGCUAGAGGAGGACCUGCUGGAGGACGAGGUACCAGUGAUAGCCAUCAUGGCCACUGGGGGUGGAGCCAGAUCCAUGACCUCCAUGUAUGGCCACCUGCUGGGACUGCAGAAGUUGAACCUCCUGAACUGUGCCAGUUACAUCACCGGCCUGUCUGGGGCCACCUGGACAAUGGCUACUUUGUACCGUGACCCUGAGUGGUCCUCCAAAAACCUGGAGCCUGCUGUCUUCGAAGCCCGGAGACAUGCAGUCAAAGACAAGAUGCCUUCCCUGUUCCCAGACCAGCUCUGCAGAUUCCAGGAGGAACUCCGGCAGCGCAGCCAGGAAGGCUACAGGGUCACUUUUACAGACUUCUGGGGCCUGCUGAUUGAGGCCUGUCUUGGGGACGAGAGAAAUGAAUGCAAACUGUCAGAGCAGCGUGCUGCUUUGUGCCAGGGCCAGAAUCCCCUGCCUAUCUACCUCACCAUCAAUGUCAAGGAUGAUGUAAGCAACCAGGAUUUCAGAGAAUGGUUCGAGUUCUCUCCCUACGAGGUGGGCCUGCAGAAGUACGGGGCCUUCAUCCCCACGGAGCUCUUCGGCUCAGAGUUCUUUAUGGGGCGGCUGAUGAAGAGGAUCCCUGAGUCGCGGAUGUGCUACAUGCUAGGUUUGUGGAGCAGCAUCUUCUCCCUGAACCUGCUCGAUGCCUGGAAUCUGUCCCACACCUCGGAGGAGUUUUUCCACAGGUGGACGAGGAAGAAGGUGCAUGACAUUGAAGAUGAGCCGAUCCUGCCUGAAAUCCCCAAAUGUGAUGCUGACAUCCUGGAGACCACAGUAGCAAUUCCUGGGUCUUGGCUAUCCAGUACUUUCCGAGACAUCCUUACCCAUCGGCCCUUCGUGUCUGAGUUCCACAACUUCAUGUUUGGGUUGCAGCUACACACUGACUACCUCCAGAACAGUCAGUUCUCCAUGUGGAAAGACACGGUGCUGGACCACUUCCCAAACCAGCUGACAGAGUUUGCAAAACACUUGUGCCUGCUAGACACCGCUUUCUUUGUCAACUCCAGCUACCCGCCUCUUCUCAGGCCAGAGAGGAAAGCCGACCUCAUCAUCCACCUCAACUACUGUGCAGGGUCCCAGACGAAGCCCCUGAAACAAACCUGCGAGUACUGCACCACGCAGAACAUCCCCUUCCCCGGCUAUGAGCUCCAGGAUGAGGACGGCAGUCUCAAGGAGUGCUACCUGCUGGAACAUCCCCAGGACCCCGAUGCCCCCAUCGUGGCUUUCUUCCCACUCAUCAAUGACACCUUCCAGAAGUACAAGGCACCGGGUGUGGAGAGGAGCCCUGAGGAGAUGGAGCUGGGCCAGGUGGAUAUUUAUGGCCCCCACUCCCCCUAUGCCACCAAGGAACUGACCUAUACGGAGGCUGCCUUUGACAAACUGGUGAAACUCUCUGAGUACAACAUCCUGAAUAACAAAGACAAGCUCCUUCAGUCUCUGAGGCUGGCGGUGGAAAGGAAGAAACGUUUCAAGAACCAAUGUCCUUCCUAA